AUGAUGGGGGAGGAAGCUACAGCAACCGGGGCCAUCUCCAAGCUGAUCAAGCUGCGGGACGCCCACCAGUCCAGGUACACGACUGUGCAGGACUUGUUCAUAGAGAUGCCGCAUCCCGGCGACCAGAUCUUCGCGGGGGACCUGGAGAAACACGCGAGCUACAGCGGGACGGCAGGGUGGAGGAAUGUGACCGGGGUGCUAACGGAGGACAUUCUCGCGAUGAGCGUGCAGGGAGAGAACUCGUGCAUCGACUGGAUCCCCUUGCAUGAAAUCGUGAGCAUCCACCAGUGCAACUAUAUGUCGGAGGUGAAGGAGGUGAUCGAGACCGAGAAGACGGCCCAGCCGUCUGGCACGCUUGCCCUGGUGUCGUCGUCGUUCAGCAAGGUGAGGCAGUACUCGUUCCUGAAGGAGGACAGCUCCUCCCACGUCCUCGACAUCCUCGGGGACUCGGAGGAGGCGAACUGCUUCAAGAUCGAGACGAUGGAGAUGGGCCACAACUCGGGGCGAGUCUACUUGUUCCGCUGCAGCAAGACUCACGUCUGCCGCACCUGGUUCGAGAACAUCAAGAGCGCGAUGGCGAUCGCGGCGAGGAAGAGGAGCCAUCAGCUCGUGAGCAACAUGAACAUGCAGGAGAGGCUUCUUGCCCUUGCUGACAGCAUGUACAACUCAAGGAGUUUCCUCUACUUCUCCCAGUUGAGCAUCACUUUCAGCUUCCUGCUGUCUGCUGUCGAGGUAGAGGUGAAGCCUCCCGAGGGCUCGAACCUCCGCGCCGUGUUCCUCUUUCUCAACGCUCUCAUCACGCUCCUCUUCGCUGCUGAGCUGGGGGUGGAGCUGGCAGCGUUCCGCGUCCGGCGAUUCUUCAAGAGCAUGUGGCGCAUCUUUGACUUCGUGGUCGUCAUGAGCAGCCUCAUCGCGAUCGGCGGCUGGUUUCCCGUCCUCAACCAGCUCCGCUCCCUCCGUAUCCUCCGCCUCCUCCGCCUCCUCGACCAGAUCAAGUCGCUACGGCUGAUCAUGCAGGGGCUGUCACAGGCGCUGGUUCCUGUCAUGAACACGUUCCUCAUGUUGGGGCUCGUGACUUGCGUGUACGCGAUCAUGGCGGUGGAGUUCUUCGGGGAGCGGAACAAACGAUUCUUCGGGACGUUCUCCUCCUCCCUCUUCACCAUGUUCCAGUGCGUCACUGGCGACUCGUGGGCGAGCAGCGUGACCCGCUCGCUGCUGGAUGAAGACUCGAGGAUCAGCGUCCCUACCGCCCUCUUCUUCACCUCCUACAUGCUGAUCGCCUCUAUCCUCCUCAUAAACAUCAUCGUUGCCGUGCUACUCGACGAGUUCCUCGCCACCAUGUCCAAGGCGAGGCAGGAGGAGAAGGCAAAGAGCGCUCCCCUACGAGACUUCAACUCGCUCGACCCCCUUCUCCAAGUUCUCUCGCACUUCAAGUCUCCCGAGGACCUCGACGCGUCUCUGCAAGCGAUCUUCAAGCGGCUCGACGUGGACGGCUCGGGGACGGUCUCGUUCCAGGAGACGGACGAGGGGCUGAGGAAGCUGAUGGGGCAGGGUUUCUACCUGUCGGUUGAGGACUGGCAGGAGAUGACGUCGGACCUGCAGGGCGAGGACUCGUCGCUGACGUUCAGCAGCUUCGUGCAGGUCAUGAAGGAGCAGCUCGCGCUGUUCCUUCACCGCGGGGUCAACAGAGCGCUGGAAGGAGCAGGCAAGCCUAAGGACGCCAUACUGCUGACCCUCAAGUGGCUGCUGCUCAAGGACGAGGGGAGGAAGGAGGAGGAGAAGCUGGAAGCGCUGAGCCGAACGAGCGCUGCCAUGGCGGAGGAGAUGAAGGAGAUGAAGCAGCUCAUGGUGUCCUUCAUGCAGCGGGACGCAGAGGUCGGGCAGCAGAGGCUGGAGAGGAUGAGCGAAAUGCUCGAGAAGCUCGUGGAGACAGUUGGGGGGGAGCGAACGGCUGUGCCGGACGAGGAUGGAGAGCCGCUUGCGGAGGAGGAGAAGGAGGUAGAGGAGGAGAACAAGGAGACGAGGGGGGGGGAGGAAGAAGAAGCAGAUCGAGGGGAAGAGAAGCCAGAAGAAUUCAAUCAGGAUCUGAUUAGCUUUGCUGAGGGGGAGGAAGACAGAGCGAUGAAGGAUGUAAUGGACGGAUGA